AGUAUAUCCUCUUGAUACACACACAGGUGAAUACACAUGAAUUAUUAGAGUGUCUAUCGUACGUUUACUGUAAAUAACCAUAGACUAUGAUUCAAUAUUAUUUUUGUUACGUGCAGGAUAUCAUUUCAACAGAUUUCCCUGAUGAAUGUUUCCAGCCGGAAUAUAAUUGCAGUUUUGAGUAUGUAGUUUUUGAGCCGUGAUAUAUUUUGAAUAUGUUUGCUGGUAUAUCAAAUACGAAGGAAAUCGUUUUAGUUUUUGUUAUUUACUGUGUGAUAUGUUCAUCCACCAACGAAAAUAUACAGUUAGAAGUAAAUGUGGAAAAGUCUGAAGGACGUCUGUUGGUGACACAAAACUGCUCGGCUUCAAAAGAACCAUCCAUACCCGUUGCAGCAUUUCUGUUGAAUAAUAAAUCGUUGGCAAACAUUGGGCCAACAAACGAAUCAUGCUUUAUAGGCAGACAAAAAUGUCAAUAUAGUGAAUGUGAAUGUGGAUCGAAUUAUUUUGUUUAUAAAAAAACUUUAAAUGUUAUUGAAAAAGAUUAUAUAUUUGUUUGCGAAUUAAGAUUUGACAAUAAAAUAAGUGGAAAUAACAUUCAUGUUGCUGUCCAAGCAUCUGUUCUUUAUAAUAGUUCAGGGUUAUAUCCAUUGAAAGAAACAAAAGAAAAAAAGGGUCCUCCAUCAUCAAAGAAGGAACCCAAUAGAACAACAGAACAAGAUAACGGUGGCACAUCGAUAAGUGGUAUAGUUCCAAUCACAUUUGUUGUUGCGGUAUUAGCAACAGUUUGCCUCAUUUAUAAAAGGACAAAAUGCCAGAAAAAACAGAAAAAGUCUCCAAACUCACAUAAAUCAUUAGUACCAUCUAGAACUGCAGAACUAGAACCAUCUAUUACUUUAGAUUUAAAAUCAUCUACAGCAAAAUUUGAUGUACAUUCCGCGGCUGCUAAGGAAACACUCGACAGCUUGCCAGGAAAAGAAGAAGCGAUGCAAUUACUAGAAAGGAGUAAAACGAAUCAGAUAAAUGAGGAAAAUAGUACUGAACUUGUUCCAAGUUAGCAUACUGAUUAUGAAAAAUGUAUAAACAAGACGAGUUUAUUAAAUCAGCAUCCUUAGUUCAGCGAAAACUGCUUAUACAGCAUAUGUACAGUAAAGUUGAAUCGACGUCCGAGUUUUUAUAUUUUUAAAACAGAAGAGAAAGGGGCCGAAUGAUUGAUAGAAAUACAACAAAACAGAUUUCUGGAGAAAAUGAUGUGGAACUUGUUAAAUGUGUCACUGAAUGUAAUGAAGGGACUAAAAGUGAUGACACUUAUCCUUUGAAGAAUAUCAAUAGCAUCAACACAUAUUUGUAAUCGCUAUAAUUUUUUAUGUUUUUUAUCGUGACCAACUCACGUUCUCAACAACUGAUAUAGAUAUUGAUACAACCUUGAAGGUUUAAUGUAUAAUUAUAUGAAAUGUAUCCCAAAUUCUAAAUCAUCGCCAAAGUGUAAUCGGAGUAUUUUUUUUAUUCUUAUGGAUAACUUCAAUUUCAAAGUUGAUGUCAAAGCUAAAUGCUAUUAAAUAAAUGGAGUAAUGCAAUUUCAUACUAAAGUUAACCACGAAGGAUACAUAAAAGAAACAUUGACAGGAUAACAUGCAGACCAUUUUUCAUCUGUCAGUAAACGAAUUUCCGAAAUAAUUGAAAAUAUUUUGUUACUCUCUUUUUUUUUCUUUUUUCUCUAUUUCUAUAAGUCUACUAUUUUACAUGUACUGUCGUUAUUCUUUUUUUUUUCCCUCUAUUUCUAUACUUCUACUAUUUUACAUGUACUGUCGUUAUUCUUUUUUUUCUUUCCUCUAUUUCUAUACGUCUACCAUUUUACAUGUACUGCAAAACAACUACAUAACUAUAUAUUACUCUACCUCUCGAAUAUUUAGGUGCUCGAAUAACCACACUCCUAUCAUGAUUGUUUUCUUGUUUAGCUUUAAUCAUUACAGACCAUCAUUUUUUAUAUUUUGAAAGACUCCCUUAGCCGUUAAUAGCUUGCUAUACGGUGUGGGGUUUGCUCAUUGUUGACAAUCUUACAUUAAUUAAACUAUUGUUGAUAUUUGCAAAAUAUCAUUUCAAUUCCUAUCAAAAGCAUGUGUCCUACUUUUAAAUAUAUACUGUUUAGAACUGAACUAAAAAACAGAUAUUUACAUUUUCUCUUUCUCGACUUGUUGUCUAUUUUUUGCAUAAAGAGGUACACGUUUAUUUCUCGUAUCACACUGCACGGAAUAUGACACGAGAAAUGCAUACCAAACAUGCGUUAAUUUGAUUGGCCUGUCUAGCAUCAUGAGACGAUAUUACGACACUUUCAUUUGCUAUUCGUGAGAUUAUUGAUGACUUUCACAGGUUAAGACGAUGUAUUUUGUCCAUGGCAACAGACAUAUGUGAAUGUGUCGACUAUAUCCAAAUACGUAGUGACACUUUUUACCUGUCAUUCUUCUUUUUGUUAAAUUUAUUUACAUUUUGAAGAGUAAUAAAGUUUUAAAAUGUCUGAUGUUAACAGGAAAUAUGACGUCAUACUUGCAUGUGCGAACGACUAAAACAACGAUAAGCCGAUUUAUUUAACACAAUGAGAAUUUUGACCACAAGAGAUAUAGGUUUAAUAACUGCUGAAAAUUAGAUAUCGCUUGCUAUCAAACCGUAUAUAUUUUAUAUGGGGUUAGUAGGCGUGUUUUUUUUUCAAUUCACGGUUAGUAGUGGUGUUACGUCACUUUGUAAAAACAACACGGUGUUGAGGAAAAAUCUGAAAGGUUUCAACAGACGAAGAAAUUGAUGAUGAACGAUUGAAAUAAGUUCAUAAUACACAUUUAAAGCUUACAAGUUGUUAUUGUUGGUAUUUGUAUUUCUAAAGAACAAUGGAAUAGGUUUUAAUACUAAGUGUUGUAGACUUGGCCAUUAGUCUAAAUAUCACAUGUUACGAUAGUUGGCAAGAUAAAUCCGUGAUACAGUGUACUAGUGACCUAAUACGAUAUAUAUGGGGUCAGUAAAUUCCAUAUUGGGAUUCGAGCUGUUGACCAUAAGAGAAAUAUAGAUUCUACCACUGCAUCGAGUGUGAUAUGAUAUUUAUCCACUCGAGACAGUUAAAUUUUCAAAUUUAAAAAGCAAGGCUCGCCGAGCGUUUCAAAUAUUUAAAAUUUAACUGUCGAGAGUGGAUAAAUAUCGUAUUACACGAGAUUUGGUGGUGGAAUCUGUUUCUCUAAUGAUUUUCAAACAAUAUGCAGGCAAACUUAUUCCGUCAUUUCGAAUGAUCUGUAAAAAGAUGUGUUCUUUCUAUGUGACGUCAUCAGGCAUAGUCGCCUUUUUUCAUGCCGUCACAAUAGGAAAUUCAGAGGAAAGCAAGAAAAUUCGACGUCAUAAUCGGAUUUUAACCAAUGAAGAACUGAGAUCAAACGAACCACACGUUGAUUAAUUUUUUUUUAUACAAUGGGUGCAGAAAGGGAUAAAUUGACGAAGAAUUAGAGAACUAAUAAUAUCCCACUCUCACUAGUUAUGAAACCUAUACAUAUUAAUAUUAGUGAAAUUUCAAAUGAUGCAUACUCUUUGUUGGUCAGUCAAUCAUUUUGUUCUGAACUAUGAUGAUAAUUUUAUUUUGCUCAAUGUCAAGUUUAAAAUUUCAUUGUGUGUGUAAGUAAUAGAUUUUAAGUUUAAUCUGAUUAAAUAUUGCUGAAGUUGAAGUAUUACAUUGAGUAUGAAUGUUUUGUUUUUUUGUUUUUAUCAACUAUUAGUGUUUACAUUAUGAAUAAAGUAUUCUACCUUAUA